AAUAAACAUAAUGUUGACCGUAGUAGAACGGUUUUGCCAUUCUAUCCCGUAAACGAAAAAGCGGCGAUUGGCUUUGUUGGAACCGAGAGGAUAUAAAAUGACUCCUGGAAAAUGUAUAAAUUGCAAGGAACUGGUGAGAAUGACGGUUAGUCAUACUUCGAUCGUUGAUCAUCUGUGAAUACAUCCUGACAGUCAACAAUAAUGCGCUCUAUCUCGUGGUGUUGUUGUGUCUUAAUUUUUGUGGCUAUUGGACAGGGCUAUCGUCAGGAUGAUAAGGAAUACGUUAGGGAUCCGUGGAGGGGAAUACCCAUGAUAUGCUCCGUGGAGGAUCCAAAGAAUAUAUCGAUAUCUUGUCACGGUGUGAGAAUUGUCAAACGUGUUAUACAACAGCUGUUGGAGAGUGCUGUUCAUGCGCCGCGCAUUCAAAUCACCGAGGGCGUCAGCAUUGUCGCCGACGACGACGGCUCGAGGAGGGGGAGGACCAUGAAGAACUCCAUUUUGGGACUGCUGCAGGGCCGGGAACUCAGGGUGAAACUACCCAGCUUGCUGCCUGCCAAUUUUGAUGAAGUUGUCAAGGGUAGUUUGCCCAGUGCGAGACGCGGUGGUGGGGGCGGCGGCCUUGGGGGCGGGGGCAAGAGGGGUGGAAAUAAUUUUCUCCUUCUCGCUUUGAUGAUGGGAAAAAUGCUGGGCGCCAUGGGUUUCGGUGCCCUCGGUCUUCUUGCCGGAAAAGCGCUGAUGGUGUCUUCCCUUGCCCUGAUGCUAUCGCUGAUCGUGGCAGCCAAGAAAUUCUCGAGUUCCGGGAGCUCCGACGGUGGUCACCAUGUGGUAUACGCUCAGGAAGUCAGCAGUGGUCAUGGACAUCACUCGAAGAGAAGUUUAGAUGAUCCAGAGCUAUCACCGUACAGAGGCUAUCAUCCAUCAGCAACAGCUAAAUCAAUUUAACGAAAAUAAUAAAUUAAUUAGUUACCCUGGAAGCACAACGGACACGUGUGACCCUCGUGACCCACCAGUGACCGUCAACCAUUGUCUCUCAGUAUUUAAAUAGUUAAUUCAAUUGAUAUUUAUACUCUAUUUAUUUAUUCAUUUAUUUAUUUAUUUAUUUAUUGUUUAGUUCGUCUAAUCAUGGUACGAAAUAAACAGCCUUCAACAGAUGAUGAA